GCUGAAGGAGGACGAGGAGACGCCGAACGUUUGGUUUUCCUAAAGUUUACCGCAGAAAGGUGCAGAUUUCAGAACAACAUCGUCACUACUGGAACCACCGCUGCGCCGUGGAGCGUGCGUAAAAUACACGGAGAUCAAGAGUGAGAGGACAGACUAGCUACCCAACUUCAGAGUGAGGAUCCUGGGAUGACCGUGCUAUUCCCCCUCCCUACACCCCCCUCCAGACCACCAGGAGGGGCUCCACUACUCUGAGAGUGUGUGGUGCGUCUGACACUGCCCUGGCGCCAUGGCUCUGGUUCAGGCGCUCCCCGUGUCCGUCUCUGAGCAUCAGGCAGCCCCUCUCCAGACGCAGCAGUCCCCCCCGGGCCCCUGCUCUGGCCCUUGCGUUGGCCCUCACCCCUCUUCUGACCCCUCCAGCACAGCCAUGGGUUCAGUGAGCAGUCUCAUCUCCGGGCGCACGUACCAGGAGAGACACUGCCACGCCGCCAGUGAGUUCUCGUCCAAACCCCGGAGAUCCACCCCAGCAACCAACUGCUUCCGUCUCCCCGACAACGGCACCCUGCGCAGUGGGAGCUCCCUGGAACAGCUGCUGAUCAUCUCCAAUCACAACCAGCCUCAGGGACAGGUGUUGCCCCCUCCCCUGCCCACCAAGAAGCAUCUGCGGUCGGGGAACUUGGCUGGGUCGGGUGGGGGCAGUGGGGCACCCAUAGCAGCACCCAUAGCAGGACCCAAGGGGGCUACGGGAGGGGUGUCCAAUGGGAACUAUACGUACAGCGAAGAGGUGGCGGUGGUGGGAGACUGGAACGAUAACGUGGUUCUAGCAGUGACCAGUCCGUGUUCAGACUCAGAGGAGCAGAGGGACAACAGGGGCCUCAAUGGGAACAUAGGAGGACCUCCACCCAAACUCAUCCCUGUGUCUGGACAGCUGGAGAAGAAUAUGGAGAAAGUGCUGAUCCGCCCAACAGCAUUCAAACCUGUGGUCCCCAAGAAUCGUCACUCCGUGCAGUACAUGGCCCCAAGGCAAGGGGGCACUAACCUAUCUGAGAGCCAGGGCAGUCUGAACCUGCUGCUGCCCCUGGGAGGCUCCACGCACAUUAGCGUCAAUGCUAACUCUGUUAACACAGCUAACACGGCUAACUCUGCUAACUCCGCUAUCACCGCUAACCCCACGUCAACCUCUGAGGACAAGUGUAAUGGGGUCCGUAACACUCGUAACAGUCAGUCCUGCUCCAUGUCGGACUCCGGCAGGAACUCUCUGUCCUCUCUGCCCACCCACAGCAGCACGGGCUACAGCCUGGCCCCCAGUGAGGGCUCUGGGUCAGGCUGUGGCUCUGGCUCCGGGGGGCCCAUGGAGCAGGUGGGUCUGAGGACCACAGGGGGCAGUGUGAGUCAUGGGCACACAAACUCAGACAGCGGGCGCUCGUCCUCCAGUAAGAGCUCCGGGUCGGGGUCAGUGAGUGGGCGCGGGCAGCCCCUCUCGGACAGUGGCUCCUGUGGGCACUCCCCUCCUCCUGUGGAGGGAUACGAGGCUGUAGUCCGAGAGCUGGAGGACAAACUGAGGGAGAGAGACCUGGAGCUGCAGCAGCUCAGAGAGAACCUGGAUGAAAAUGAGGCUGCAAUCUGUCAGGUUUAUGAAGAGAAGCAGCGUCGCUGUGAGCGAGAGAUGGAGGAGCUGAGGCAGAGCUGUGCCUCAAAGAUGAAGCAGACGUCUCAGAAAGCUCAGAGGGCUCAGCAGGUCCUCCAGCUCCAGGUGUUCCAGCUGCAACAAGAGAAGAAGAAGCUCCAGGAGGACUUCUCGUCACUGCUCCAGGACAGAGAGACUCUGGAACGACGCUGCGCCACCAUCCAGAGAGAACAGACCCAGCUGGGCCCACGCCUCGAGGAGACCAAGUGGGAGGUGUGUCAGAAGUCCGGUGAAAUCUCCCUCCUGAAGCAGCAGCUGAAGGAGAUCCAGUCUGAGCUGAGCCAGAAGGCGGGGGAUAUCGUGACUUUGAAGGCCCAGCUGAGAGAAGCCCGCUCGGAGCUCCAGUCCAGCCAGGCCCGCACCCUCGAGACCCAGGCUGCCCUCCGCACGCGCGCCCUGGAGCUGGAGGUGUGCGAGAAUGAGCUGCAGCGGCGAAAGAGUGAGGCAGAACUGCUCCGAGAGAAGGUGGGGCGUCUGGAGGAGGAGUCAAAACGGAAAAGGGAAGCACUGACCAAUCACAGCGCUGUGAGCGGGAACGCUAAAGGACAGAGCCAAAGGGUGAGGGGCGGGCCCAGUCCAUCCAUGUACCGUGACGGAGAGGAAGGGCAUCUGGUUUGGGGAGGAGAGAGUGACGAAGCUAAGGCUCACAGGCAGAGUGUGGAGGCCGUGCUGGGGCUAAGGCAGCAGGUUGAAAGACUGAAGGCAGAGCUGAUGUACGAGAGGCGCACCAGUGAGGAGCAGAUGUCGCGCUUUGAGGAGGAGAGGAGGGUGUGGCAGGAAGAGAAAGAAAAGGUGAUCCGUUACCAGAAGCAGCUGCAGCAGAACUACAUCCAGAUGUACCGGAGGAACAGGGACCUGGAGAGAGCCAUGAGGGAGCUGAGCCUGGAGCUGGAGAGCCGAGACUUGGACGAGUACGAGGUCCGCAGCGGCAGCAACGAUAUCCACUACGAGGAGAUCACCGCCACCGAGAUCUGACCUCGCUACAGAAGCCCCCCACACGCCAAAAACUCAAAAACUAUAGACCCAAGCCCGAGAACUGCACUAUCCCCAUUACGGCUUUACCUGGACCACUGUAGAACUGUCCGGACACAAGUAUUUAACACAAAACCAGCACAAAAACUCUUUAUUUUCCCAGCUACAGUCGAAUCAGGGUAUCUGUCCUCAAAGCAAAAAAAAAGAGGAGCGCACAGGAAUCGGUCUGACUUACGGAGAAUAAAAGAGUCACCAGCAUGUAUGUAACAAGAGCAUUAAAACUACAUUAACAACAUUAUAACUGCAAGCUAAUGGGCCAGCUCCACGUGCGUGGAUUUUUUUUUGUUUAAUUUUCAAUAUUUUGGGGGAAUUGGCGUAUAGAUAUAGUAUAAAUUAUUGUAGAAAAUUCACACCCUUGAAAAUGUGAGUUAAAAAAUUGUCAAAUUUUGGUAAAAAAAAAUGUAAACAUACAUUAUUAUUCUACACUUGCAGUUGAAUUCAUACUUUUGAUAAAUACAGCAAUAUUUGUGCCACAAAUAUAGGCAAUUUCUUUCAUUAUAUUAACAUUUUUAAAACUCAAAGAUGUAAAACUUGUCAAAAAAAUUUAAUCUGAACUGAGAUAUGGCAAAUUAAUCUUAAAGCUGCACUAUGUAACUUUUUGGUUGUGCCAAACCUGCUUGUUUCUACGGAUACGUCAUUGCUCUGUGUGGAAUGUUCCAUAGUAUGACAUUAAACAGCUCUACCUUACAUUUAUUCAAUUACAGGUGCUUUUAUAGCUCAAAAAUAAUGGUCUUCAUGAAAAAAAUAAUGGUCUUCAUGAAGAUAAAGGUUUAAUGCCAUACUGUGAAACAUUCCAGACAAAGCAAUUACAUCUCCAUGGAAAAAAAGCACCAGAAAAGUUACACAAUACACCUUUAACUACUUAACUAGAGACACAAUUUAUUUAUUUUUUUUUUUACACGCAGUUGCAACCGUUUUCACUUUAAUACACCACUUUUGCUCAAUGUGUAUAAGGGAACACCAAAACACGCUUUGUGGAUCUUUAUUGUGGAUCUUUAUUUCUUUUUGCGUAGGAAUUUAUUUGCACAAAACAAUCUUCCCGCCGUUUUUCUGGAACAAAUCAUCUCUUUGGCAUUCGUUUACAAAGUGGACUUCCUCUUAUUGUCAGCCACCGUAAAGGAAACCGCUCCAAUCAGCUUACAAAAAGACAAUGCAUUCUUAAGAUUUACAUUUACAUAACAUUAGUGCACCAUUAAAGAGGGGGUAUUACGCUAAAUCUACCAGGUUAUAACACUGUUCCCUCAUUAAAACAUUCCUGAAGAAGUUUUAUAUGACAUCCAUGCAUGUUUGAUUCAUUUAGUGAUCUCUCCCGGGCCCUAUUCGAACUCUCCGUACAGCAAUUUGACAUAAAUAUACAAAAGAAUGAUACAAAACAAUACACUACAACUUCACAAACCUGAUGCGAUGUGCAGUUGUUUUAAUUUGCGGAAAUGCACAUGUUAAUAUGAUGUUUUUGGAGAAUAUAGUAUCUUAACAAUAAAAGGUAACAUAGUGAUCUAAAUAUGUUAUGUUUUAGCAAUAAAUACCACGUAGAAGUAUAAUACUCCCUCUUUAAGCAGUUUAGUUUGAAUUUCUGCUCUCUUCUUCCUCAGUCUUCACCUCGCACCAUCUUCUGAGCGAUUCUAUUUUUAUAAAACUAUCAGAACUAAAAAUGUCUCCGGCGCUGACACAUUUAUGCGUAAAUCGUGGGCAUGCUUUUUUUCCUGAAUUUCAAUGCACUCCCUCCUCCACCUCUUCUUCCUCCUUCUCCACCUUCUCUACCUCCUCUUAAGCUUUUAGCAGCCCCCUGAAAUGCGUUCCUUUUCUUCCUCCACCUCUUCCUUCUCUUGUUUUUCUUCUUGUUCUUCCUUCUCCCCUUUCUACUUCUCCUCUACCACCUUUUCCUUCUCCUUCUCUUCUUCCUCCUCCUCCCCUUAUACUUUCUCCUCUUCCUUCUCCUCUCUCCUCCUCCAUUAAGGUUUCAGCAGCCCCCUGAAAAGCCCUUGCUUCUCCUCUUCCUCCACCACCUCUUCUUCCUCCUUCUCCACCUCCUCCACCUCCUCAUCUUCCUCUUUUUCCUUCUCUACCUCCUCCUCUUCCUCCUCUUAAGCUUUUAACAGCCCCCUGAAAUGUCUCCACCUCUUCCUACUCCUUUCCUUCUCUUCCUCUACCUGGUUUCUCCUGCUUCCCUUCUUCCUCCUCUUAUUUUUCUUCUUCAUACUUCUCCUCUUCUUACUCCUCCUCUACCACCUCUUCCUCUUUCUUCUCUUCCUUUUCUCCUCCUCAUCCUCCUCUUUCUCCUCUUCAGUUUUUAGAAGUCCCUUGAAAUACCCUUCCUCUUCCUCCUCCCCUUGUACCUUCUUCUCUUCCACCUCCACCUCCUCCUCGUCCUCCUCUGAAGCUUUUAGCAGUCCCUUGAAAUAACUUCCUCUUCUUCUCUUCUCUCCCUCCUCUUUCUCCUGCUUCCCUUGUUCCUCUUCCUCCUCAUCCACCAUCUCUUCAGCUUCUUAUUCUUCCUCCUCCUCCACUUAUUUUUCUUCUUCAUCCUUCUCCUCUUCUUACUCCUCCUCUACCACCUAUUUUUUCUCUUCUUCUUCUUCUUCUUCUCCUCCUUCUCCUCCUCUUAAGCUUUUAGUAGUUCCACCUCCUCCUUUUCCUCCUCUUCCUUUUCUUAAUCUUUUAGCAGCCACCUGAAUUGCCCUUUCUUCUCCUCUUCCUGCACCACCUCUUGCUUUUCCUCCUCCUCCUCCUUUUUCUCCUCUUCUUCCUCCUCUUAAUCUUUUAGCAGCCCCCUGAGAUGUCUUCCUCUAAUCUGCUCCCCUCUUUAAAGGUAGCAGGUCGGCACGUUUGCAUGUUUUUGUAACUGAACGAGUGGGGCGACUUAAUGCACUGAUGGUUCUGGGGAAACAGUUUAUUUUACUAAGAGAGUCUAUAUGGAGAAGGUAAAGGUAUUCUAUAUAAUGGAGGAAAUGUUGUAUAUUUUUCUAUAGCAGCUCAAGCUAUUUUGUUGUAGUACCGGUAUCCGUGUGGGUUUAUUCUGCAAGUAUAAAGAGUAUUAUACCGAUCACAUACAUGUAACUGUUCAAAUGAGAGGUCACUUAAAAUGGUAGAAGAAGUAGAAGAUGCAUUUGCUUUCAGACUUUGUAUUCAGAUUAAGGCAGUGAAAAUAUGUUAAAGGUGCACUGCGUAACUUUUCUCGUCCGUCUCCAUCGAGGUGUUACUGCUUAUUGCCUGAAAUGUUACACAGGAUAGCAUUACUGUAGCAUUUAUUACUUCAAAUGUCUUUUAAUUGAAAAAAAAAAAAAACAAAAAAAAACAAAACAAAAAAAACACAACAACUUGAAAACAUGUAUUCUUAUUGUUUCUGGGGUUGCCUCUGCACAGAUCUGGCCUGUAACUUGCCCUACUUGCAGCACCAUAAUAGAACAUUCCAGUCCAGAGCAAUAACAUUAGCCUGAUUCAUCAAACGGUUUCACUUUGUGGAAACCGUCUGACCUCGCAGCAUUAGAAUUUGUCCCGUAGGAAGAAGGGCAAUAAAGUAUUUCCCCUUGGUAAAAUUCACCAAACAUUCUCUUUGUUCCAGCUUUAAAUAUUCGAUCUCGGGAAUCGUAGCCAACACAGAAUAUGGCUCUUCUCUGAUUGGCUGGUGCCCAAACUCGUACUUCCGGGGUUCUUCCAAACCAUCUAGUGUAUUUUGAUUCCUGAUCUAGUUGCUGGAGAGAAAUGAAAUUGAGCGGAGGCAUUAGGUGGCGCAAGUUUGGCUACAAUAACAUCGUCAUAAAUAUGAAGAGGUGGUGGACUCUCUACCAGUAAAGUUACGCAGUGUACCUUUAAGAUUUGAAGAGAGCUGUGAAUGGUGAGUGAGUGUUUUUGGAUUGCAAUGAGAAACGGUUUAUCAAGAAAAUAUAUCGGUGAAGUUAUAUUAUGCCACAUUAGUUAUAAAUAAUCGCCAUCUUUUAAAAUGUGCGCCAUAAGUAACAGUAAAAUUUCAACUGUUGAUACUUUGCAGCUGAUGUCAUCUACAUUUCCUGCAGGCUGUGAAGCGAACUGAAAGCACUACUCUGUAAGAAGGUUUGUUACUCAGUUUAGACUUUAAUCUGAGCUUUGGACAUUGCAAAGUUUAACAUAAAACCAAGCAGCCCUAAAACACUGUUACAGCCAAUCAGAAGUGUAUGUUGUUUUGCAUAUUGAUGAGCAGAAAGGUGAAAGAUCUACUGCUGACCUAUGCUGAGGCAAGUGAAGAGAAAGAAAUGGUUGAGAAGAAAACAGUUCUUUAAGAUUGAUUUUAUUGACUCUUGUGAGCUUUAAGCCAUGUUAGAAUGUUGGUACCUCAUCAAAAACAUACCUGGAGUUGUGUUUUGUUUCAUUCAAAACACAUUGGGUUUAAUUAUCCAAAUGAUUUUCGUGAAGAUGUAUGGAAUUUGAAAACACAAUUUCUGUUUGAGAGAAGACCUAAAUCUGUAGGGUUUGUGCAUUAAACAUGUGUGAAAGAAACAAAAUACAACUCCAGGUUUGUGAUGAGGAAACAUAACAUAGAUCAGAAAGAAGUGUAAUAUGGGCCCUUUAGUACAAAGUCUGAAGGUUGCCAGAUAAUAUACAGACAUUCAAACACACUCUCUAUUCUAAGUGACCUCUCAUAUCCAUCAUAAUACCACUUCUCAUUGUUGUGCACGUCAUAUGUUUAGUAAAUGCAUGAGGGACUUCUUCUUCUCUGAGAGGUCAACAAAACGCUUCUAAAUAUGGAAAAAGUAUUCUUAAUAAUGAUCAGGUUGCUUGGUCCUGUGCAUGUGAUGACCACUUUCUCUGUGGUUUGUGGAGAUUCAAAAUGGCUGCUCCAGAUGUUGAACUAAAGCCUUGGAAAGUCGACGUGGAUGGAAAUAUAAUAACAUCUUGUAUCUUCAGUUUGUGCUUCAAAUUGACAAUGUUUUUUUAGAAUAGACUAGAAUGCCAAAUAUUGUUAUGGAUUUUGAGAAGCAAAUUAAAGAUAAACUACUUAACUUUUCAUAUGAAGGACUUGCCAUCUGCUUGUCUCAGUGUAGAUUUUUCUUUGCUUGGAAUGUUCCAUAAUAGGGCAUAGUGUUGUCACGAUACAAAAAUUUCAAACUUGAUUUUUGUACUAGGCAAUACACUUGAUACUCAAUACUCAUUCCGAUACUGCAAUCAGUGGUGGAGUUAGCAAUUUGGGGGCCCUAGGUGAACUUGAGUUUGGGGCCCUCACUAUAAUGCACCAUUUUGUGUUUGGUUUAGUUUUUUAAAUAUAUUUAUUGUCUGUUUUUCCCAAUUGUUUUUGAGACAUGCACAUCUCUAUUUAUCUGAAUUAGGGUAGACUGAAAACUUGCAUUGUUUGUUCGGUCCCCCACUAGAAAACCAGAGCUGAAAGAAGCUACUACAAUUACAUUUUUCUUAACAUCCAUUAUAUAUGAUUAUUAUUAUUUUUCUCAUCAUUAUUGUUUAAAAGUAAACUACUCUCACGUCAUGUCAUAUUGAGAGAAAAUCAAAUUGCUCUCAGGCCAUUAGUGGCACUGAGGGGAAUUGGUUUGGGGCCCCUCCAGGUUUGGGGGCCCUAGGCAGCCUCCUCCUUUUGCCUAAUGGUAGCGCUGCCUCUGACCGCAAUGAUAAUAAAAAACACAAUUUAUUUAGACAAUAGAAUGUGAUUUUCAGCUUUAAGUAAUAGUACUUUGUUUUAUAUUUCCAUGUAGUUUUAUAUCUGUGUACAUCUAAUACAAAAUCAUUUUAAAGCUAUUCAGAAAGCUUAAUUUCUAUCCUGUGAAUGUGUGUUUUUUUUUUAUAUCGAUACUUGCUCAAAUAAGUACCUAGUUUUGAUAUCAGUUUCAGUAUCGAUUCGUAUCUGAUUUUCGAUACUUUUGACAACACUAGUAGAUCUUCUAUCUUCACUGAGAUGAGCAUGGCGGCCAAGUUACAGGUCAGAUCUCAGUAGGAAUGCACAUUUUUAUUAUAUUUUAAGCAAUAAAAUAACUGAAUAACUGCAAGAUACAUACGUUUAAUGCUAUAGUGUGGAACAUUCCAAACAAACCAAAAUAAGCACCCCUAAAUAGAAAAGUUACAUUGAUAUCCUAAAACUUCCCAAUUUGGAAAAAGUUAUAGUAAAAAUAGAGCACUGUCUCUUUAAGGCACAAACUGAACUAAUUCCUAAUGCUAACCUCAAAUAGACUGUUACAGAUGCAGCACAGUACUUAUUUGAGUAUUAAUCAUCAGAUUUAACCCCUUAAACACUGUGUGCAUCUGAAGUAUAUGUGUAAAUAUGUAAAACACUCAAAUAGUAUAUGAAAGCUGACAUUGUAUUUUAUUUAGACAAAGAUCUAUAUUUCAAAUGUAGCCACUGUGACUAGACCAAAGCGACGAUUCUUUCUCUUUUUUUCUGUGGCAUUUUUCUGUUCUUCAUCAGUCUGUUCAUCAUUUCAUCUCUUCUGUAGUCCUCUGUAUAUUUUUAUGUGUAUAUUUCUUGUACAAAUAAUGACUGUGUUUUUAAUUAAAACAAGUUGUCACAGCAUAAAAAAGUGUGGUUUGUUUUUCUUUCUUUUUAACUGGACAUUUAUUUUGUUGACUAAGUUUAAAUAUUUAAGUGUUAGUCUUGUCCCAUUCUAUUUUUAG